ACAGAGACGCGUUCUUAGUGAAACAGUAAAUAAAAUAGUUGCUCAUCUCAGCCUCAGUUUAAGGAAACCAGCUAAAGAUUUGAGAUCCUUAAAGAUAUAAAAUGAGCGUUAAUGUUGUAAGACAGAGUGCUAAGCUCUGCUCAACCAUCAGCCCAAUGGGACCCUGAGACUGCUGGAGAUAAACCCAAGAUGGUUGAGUACAAGGUGGAUCUGAACAACUGUGGUCCUAUGGUACUGGAUGCACUGAUCAAGAUCAAGAAUGAGAUGGAUCCGUCUUUGACAUUCAGGAGAUCCUGCAGGGAGGGAAUCUGUGGUUCCUGCGCCAUGAAUAUUGGAGGCGUAAACACCCUGGCCUGCCUUACCAAGAUUGAUGCCAACGACAAGGCGACCAAGAUCUACCCCCUCCCCCACAUGUACGUGGUGAAGGACCUGGUCCCCGACAUGAAUAACUUCUACCAGCAGUACAAGAGUAUACAGCCCUGGCUGCAGAGAGAGGAUGAGAAUAAGAUGGGACACGGAGAGCAGCAGAUCCUACAGAGUGUUGAAGAUCGUGCCAAGCUCGACGGAUUAUAUGAGUGUAUCCUCUGUGCUUGUUGCUCUACAUCCUGUCCUUCCUACUGGUGGAACGGAGAUAGAUAUCUUGGUCCUGCUGUACUCAUGCAGGCAUACAGAUGGAUUAUUGACAGCAGAGAUCAACACCAAGCUGAGAGAUUAGAUAAACUUAGAGAUCCAUUCAGUGUGUACAGAUGUCACACAAUCAUGAACUGCACAAAGACCUGCCCCAAGGGAUUGAAUCCUGGCCGUGCUAUUGCUGAGAUUAAGAAGCUGCUGGCUGGUAUAGCUACCAAGGGAGAACCAGGACUCAAGGGCACCUCACCCAUUACUCAGGCUGCAGAAUAGAACCUGGAGAAACCAAGGCUGAACCUAGAACCUAGACACAUAAAUCAUCAUCAGUAGUUCAUGUAUUAUUAUAUUUAUAUACAUAGUCAACACGUCGCAGAACAAUAACAAGAAAUCCUCGUAAUCAAUAAUAAUUAUUGUCGAAAAUAAUAAAUUUCAAAAUUUUA